GUGUUACUGUUCACCUCAACUCUACCCUAUAUUCUGGUUCUUAUCUAUCUCAAGGCCGCCUCUGCGCGCAGCGGGCAGUCUACGAGCAUUUACCCCGGAUAUUUCGGCGCUGCGUCACGGAAUCGCGGACAAUUGAAGUAGAUGUCUUGGUUGGCAUCGUUUACCCUCGCCGCUUUUCAUGCUGUGUAUUGGCUUGUGACUAUAGCAAAGCGCCUCCUGACUAUCGCCGACCAACCACUACCACUCGCCGCCGCGCGACAGAAACUCCCCUCGCACUUGGCCUUACUCCUGGUAACGGACCACCGCCAUAACAGCGAUGCAACGGAAGACUCGAUGAUAGAGAGCGUGGAGAGAGCGGUAACGUGGUGUCGCGCUGCGGGGAUUGACAGACUGACGGUAUAUGAUCGUGAAGGACUUCUCAGUACACUAUCCCUUGACAUACGGAAACGCCUAGUGAAACGCCCUGCCACUCCUUCAACCGACUCUGACUUGGAAACCGAGAUUGAGUUUCCCCUCACCCCACCGUCGUCCGACGACUCGGACUCAAGGCCUCUAUCUCCUGACUCCGAAGUUACGCCAUGCAAGCUCAAAGUAACAACCGUACAGAUCCCUGGACACGCAGAGAAGGGCAAGCGAAAGGCGCUGGGUGUGAAAUCUACAACAAGGCGUCGUCGUCCAACUCUGGGCGAGCCGACACCCACCUCUUUCACUCUACACAUCCUAAGCCGAAAGUCCGGGAAGCCUGCUAUCGCCGAGGUCGCAAAUGCCCUUCUUCGAAGACGAUCUGUGGACCGCUCUUCAAGUCGUAUGGAUAAGAACGAUCGGCAGCCAGCGUCAUUGGAAACCGAGGUUACUUCCCUGCUGCAAGGUGAUGGUGGCUUCCCUGAACCUGACUUGAUGAUUGUCCACCACAUGGUUGCAAGUAGCACAAACGAUCUCCUGGAGCUCCAUGGGUUCCCUCCGUGGCAAAUAAGGCUCACAGAGUUUGACGAUUAUAAGCCCAUGGAUAUAUGGUGGCGCGGGUGGGGUCAUCAACGGCGCACUGCUGGUAGGCCGCUGGACGAGAUUGAGUUCAGAAAAGCACUCGAUACGUACGCCGCUGCAGAGAUGCGGUUAGGCAAGUAAUGUGUCGUAUUCAAGUUGGCCUCAUUAGCCGUGUGUGAGGUCGAUGGACCAGCUGUCUUCAUUAUCUCGAGCGUAACGGAGUAUAUGAACGGGUUGACACGGGUGUGAACUCAAUUCUGUAGCAGCUCGCAGCUAGCCUAGUUGUCUCCGACAGGAACACCGAUGUGUCGCUCA